AUGAACACCAAAUUUACAAUUUUUGCUCUUUUGGCUAUUUCAGCUUUUGUAGCUGCUGAUGAUGUGUUCCUCCGUGCACGUCGUCAGUCCUCUUGCGGAUGUGCUAUUCCAGCUGCCCCAUCUUGUAACUGUCAACCAUCUCAAUCAAACUCUGUUCAACAAUCAUGCUCAUGCGCCCAGUCUCAACAGCCAUCAUCUUGUGGAUGUGCUCAGCAAUAUCAACAACAACAGUGCGCUCCAAGUUGUCAGAGCUCGUGCGAACAAAGCUGUGUUGCCCAGCAACAACCAGUAGCUCAAUGCCAAAGUUCAUGCGCUUCUACCUGCCAAUCUGCCUGUGCUCAACCUGUUCAACUCCAGCAGCCAGCUCAACAGCAAUGCCAACAAGACUGUCAAGCUGCUUGCCCACAUCAACCACAACAACAGCCACAGUGCCAACAACAGUGUCAGACCACAUGCCAAUCCGAUGACCAGUACAAUCAGCAACUGGUUCAACAAAUGACCUAUGCUCAGCCAGGACAAAUUCCAACAUAUACCGGAGGAUCAUCCCAAACGGCAGCUCCAAUUCAACAAGCUAACCAAUGCAAUACCUGCCAGAACUCUUGCCUGAACACCUGCCAACAACAACAACAGCCAGUGCAACAGUGCCAAUCUUCCUGUGACCAAACCUGUCAGCCAGCAUGUGGAUCCACUUCAAGCGCUUACAACCAGGUCAACUAUUCCCAGAACAACAACAACAACAACUACCAGCAACCUGGAGCCAUUCCGGCCUACCAAGGAGCCACCCAGACCACCGCCCCAACCUACCAACCAUACAGAGAUACCAACAAUAUUCAGACCGGAGGAUCCAUUUCGCAAUGCAACACCUGCCAAACACAAUGCAACCAAGGAUGCCAAGCCCAAAAAACCUCACAAGCCCAGUGUGCCCCACAAUGUGAUGCUCAAUGCCAACCAGCCUGCACCCCAGCUGCUCCAGUUGCCCAACAACAAGUUCAGUUGACUAUCAAUGUUCCAGUUUCUCGUCAGUCUUCCCAGUGCCAGCCACAAUGUGAACAGUCAUGCAACACCCAGUGCAUUCAGCAACAACAGCCAAUUUCUCAGUGUCAACCAGCUUGUCAACAAAGCUGUGCCACUUCCUGCAGAAAGUAA